GUUUACAGGAUGAAUGUAUUGAAGAAGGAGAUAUCAAUUGGGAAAUCGAAGCUGUUGAAAUAUCACCCGGUGAAUCUUUACAAGAUAAAUCAGAAUUAUGUCAUGUUGCCAGAGGAACGGAUGCUCUCACAUUACUAGAAUACUCGGUGACAAGAAAUAAUCUGAUUAACGAACUACACGAGAUUGAAGGAUUUUUCGAUCAACGUAUUUUCGAGAUGAAAAUGGAGGAAAAUGUUCUAUCUGAAAAUCAAUUCCAAGGAGCCCCGAACAUUUUACAAAUGACCACAGCGGAGAAAUUGUCAACCCAAAUGAAACAAGGACAGAAAAUCCUCCAAAUGAUGACCAAUGAAAAGACCAAUUUGAUCUUCAUGAUGAGAGAUGACCGUAAAUACAUUGACAAUGCUGCUGACAAGAUGAAAAUGAAACUCUCGUUAGCGGAUAAAGCUCUUGAUAAAUCUAAAUCGUUACAAGAAAAGGCUAAAGAUGAAUCAUUACAGGGAGAAAAGGAUUUUCCGAAAGUUCUGUUUGUCAGAUCGAUUAAAAGAAUCUCCAAAUCCCGGAUUAUGAGAAUUCAAAACAUGAAACUUUUCAUUUCUAUCAUAUGGAUUAGUAAACCAAUGAAAUUUACAAUCUAA